GCGUCUGAAUCUGCAACUGUCGUCUCCAACACGGGGAAUCUCAUGAAGUACAUGAACCUUGACCAGCGUGGUCGCGUUCAGGCUGAAUACGUUUGGAUUGAUUCCACCGGUGGCACUCGCUCCAAGACAAAGACUCUCUUCAAGCCCGUCACAAGUGUUGAUGAGCUUCCUGAAUGGAACUUUGACGGUUCCUCCACCAACCAGGCCCCCGGUGACAACUCCGAUGUCUACCUUCGCCCCGUCGCUUACUACCCCGAUCCCUUCCGCCAAGGUGACAACAUCCUCGUCCUCUGCGAGACCUGGGAUGCCGAUGGAAGCCCCAACAAGUUCAACUACCGUCACGAAGCCAACCGCCUGAUGGAGACCAACGCCAGUGAGGGCUUCUGGUUCGGUCUGGAGCAGGAGUACACUCUCCUCGGUACUGACGGAUGGCCUUACGGCUGGCCCCGUGGCGGUUUCCCCGGUGCCCAGGGUCCCUACUACUGCGGUGUCGGUACCGGCAAGGUCUACUGCCGUGAUAUCGUCGAGGCUCACUACCGUGCCUGCUUGUACGCCGGUAUCAACAUCUCCGGUAUCAACGCUGAGGUCAUGCCUUCCCAGUGGGAGUACCAGGUCGGCCCCUGCCCCGGUAUCGAUAUGGGUGAUCACCUCUGGAUGUCCCGUUUCCUUCUCCACCGUGUCGCCGAGGAGUUCGGUGUCCGUAUCUCCUUCGAGCCCAAGCCCAUUAAGGGUGAGUGGAACGGUGCCGGACUUCACUCCAACGUUUCCACCAACGCCACUCGUGCCGAGGGUGGUAUGAAGGUUAUUGAGGCCGCCAUGAAGAAGUUCGAGGCCCGCCACGUUGAGCACAUCGCCGUCUACGGUGAGGGUAACGAGGAGCGUCUCACCGGUCGCCACGAGACCGGUAACAUCGAUAAGUUCUCUUACGGUGUUGCCGACCGUGGUGGCUCCAUCCGUAUCCCCCGCCAGUGUGCCAAGGACGGCAAGGGUUACUUUGAGGAUCGUCGCCCCGCGUCGAACGCUGAUCCCUACCAGAUCACUGGUAUCAUCGUUGAGACUAUGUGUGGUGGCCUCUAAAUGGAUAGGAAUCAUUUGGUCUUAGCGCUCCGAUACCCUCGGCGUCAACCUGGGAGUCGGACCAGAGCGGCCUGACUGCGUGAGGGAGCCCCUAUAGAUGCUCUGAUCUGUCU